GCAGCAUUGAUUUCAAAUCGUACAAGUCACAUUUUUUUUCACGCUCUAAUACAAUAAAGAUUUAUAAAAAAAUUUUGAAUACAAAACCGUUGCGCGCCUUUUACUGGUCUACCGAUAUGUGGGCAACCAAUUUGAUUGUGGUCACACUGCUGCUGCUGCAGCUGGCAACCCUGGCGAUCAGCUGUUCUUGCGGAGAGAAUUUGGAGUGCGGAUGCACAAAACGGCACUAA